AUGUACUGGACAAAAGUCACGCUAUAGAGUGUCGUGUUGCGUAGUAGAGUGUCGAGGUGCAAUAUAGAUCCCAAGGUCGCGAGGCGUAGUAUAGGUGGACGCGAGGCGAAAUAGAGAGUCGCGAGGCGUAAUAGUGAGACGCGUAUGUAAUAAUAGAGAGAUGCGAGGCGUAAUAGAAGGACGCGAUGCGUAACAGAAGGACGCGUUGCGUGAUGGAAAGACGCGCAAACAAGGGCGACGCGGCGUGUAGGAAGAGGGGACGCGUACUUUCGCGCCAUUUGCCUUGGUUACCCGUGAAUAAAUUUCGAAUUUUUUCAAUUGACUGGCAAAUUAAUCAAGACAAAACACGAAAGAAAAAGUAAGUUUUUGUAGCAGCUGGGCUGACCGUUCUCUCUGAUUUUUUCUCUCCUGUUUUUUUAAUUUCUGCUGUAUUAUAGUUAUAUUCUGAUAAAUUGUGAGAAGUUGCUAAUUCAUAAGUAUGUGUAGUAGUGAAGGGAAGCAAUGUAGGGCAACGACGACAUUUGUCAACACAGGUAUAGCUGGCACCCCCCCCCCCUCCUCAUAUAUAUUUUCUCAUUAAAAUUUGUAAUGGGCUAGCUAUACUAUUGCUAUAAAUAAUGGAUUAUAUUAUUUGCCCUAGCAACUUUUACUUCCUUUUUUCCUUCCCUUGUAUACACCACCAAUCAACCCCCCUCCCCCUGCAACGAGGAGGGUGCCGAUAAGCCGAAAAAUGUUAUUACACUGCUUGCAUGCUAUUCUGUUAUAAGCAAUGUGCUGUUUUUGUAUUAAUAUUGUGUUUUGUAUCACCAUGUGAUUACAAUGUUUUGAUAGGUAAACAGGGCAGCUUAUAAAACAGAACGUAGGACUACGACUGGUAGUUAAAUGGAACUGUGCGGUGCAUAUGCAUGUGUACAACAACACUGUCAACAGGUGUAUUGUAAUGAUGGCAAAUUUCUCAAGUUUUGGUUUUCUUCAAGUGACACUGCACCCAUUUUCAAGAAUUUUAAAUAAUGCAGCAAAUAUGUACAAUGUUCUUAUUCGAUUUUCCUUUAAGGAUAUUCUUAAGACAUUUUUAAAUUUUUGUCUUACUAUCGUGAAUAUUUAUCGGCAUGGUUGUAAUUUUCAAAACUUUCAAGCUAAAUUGUAUGUGAUGUUUUAGGAAUUAAAAAUUGAUUCAGCAUGCAGAAAGUGAAAGACGCUAUAGACAGACUGAAUAAUGCAUUGGAUGGUCUGUCAUCAUCAACAACAAGUACUCAAAAUAAUCCAAAUCAGAACAUCUUCCAGAGUCCAAACUCACAUCCAAGUCCAAACUUACAUCCAAGUCCACAACAUCAGAGAAUUCUACAAGAUUUCAAUAAGCAAUUUCCAGCGUUGAAUGCUGGUGGUAGCCGAUAUCGCCCACAAGCAAAGAAACCACGUCUCUCUAAUAACUUCAUUAAGGACACAUGGACCCAUAAAUUCUGUGCACUGAGCUACAAAGAUACAUCAGUUUCACCUAAUACACGUGAAUUAAUGGAGCUAAACCAAGUUGGUCUCGGAAUUGAAAAAGUUGUUUUUCCUUCCAAAACUGGAACACAUGCUAUGCUUCUGGAAGAGUUAACAAAAGCUUAUCCAAAAUUAUCAUCACAGAGUGGUGGCAUUGAACUUCUGAGGGCUGAGAGUGGUGGAAUAAACCGACCAUUGGUGUUGAUACCACCAAGAAAAGAUGGUUAUUCUAUCAGCUAUUUAAAAAAUUUAGUACCCGGUCACGCUGUAAUAUACAUCAGACCAGUGCAGAGCGACUUACCAAUGGAGGAACCAACUAUGGAUUCAGGUAUUGAAGUUAACUGUGUACGAUGUAAUCAGAAAUAUCCGUUAAAUGAUUUAAGAUUCCAUCAAGCUUAUUGUCAACUUGAUGAUGACAUUUUUCCAGAGAUGAUAGACGAUGAAGCUGGGCCAUCGAAUGAAAAAGAAGUAGGAAGUACUUCUCCCCAUAUCGAUACUUUGUCGGCAAUGUUUCCUCGAAUCUCUAAAGCCACAAUUCAGGACAUUUUACGGAAUACCAAAUCUAUCGAUGUGGCAGCCAAUAUUUUGAGUGAGAAAAGUGCAAGUGAAAAUAUGUCUGACAUGCUGCAAAUUAAAUGUGUAGAUAAGGACAUGUCUUUAAAAGAAAUUCUCAAUCAAAUUACAUCUCUUGCUUCAGAAAAUGAUACAAUCACUUUGGAAAUUGAACGUGACAAUCUUUGGAUGGAAUCCUUGAGAUUUUACAAAAGGAACCUUGUGAAUUCUCAAGUUAUGACCAAAAAAUUGAUCAUUGAGUUUAAAGGAGAGGACGGCCUUGAUGGUGGGGCAAUGAAAACCGAAUAUUUCAACCUUUUGUUAGAAGAAGUUAAAAAUCGUCUAUUUGAAGGUGAAAAUAACAGUUUGUUGCCUGUGAAAGACAUCACAAAAGCUGUGCUUUUCAAAGUUGCUGGUAUGAUUAUCGUACAUUCAUUGAUUGCUGGUGUUGACACCGGCUUCCCAGUAUUAGCAAAACCAUACUUUUUACACAUGUGUGGUAGAGAUACCGACAGUUUGAUUGAAAGUUUGAAUAAAAGCCACAUACCAGCAAAUGCAACAACUGAAAAUUUGAUUGAAUUGAUUGAAUCACUUGAUCAAUGUAAAACAAAGGACGAUAUAGACAAACUGCUUUACAAGGACAAUCAGAAGCAAGAUGUGUUUUGGUCACUUAUUAAUUCUGCGCAUUGGCCUGCCGACAAGAAUAUUAACAAAGAAAAUGUCCCAUUACUGGUUCAACAACUCAUUUUGAAUGAUGUGAUAUUGUCACGCCGAAACUCUUCAGACAUGUUAUUCGAAGGUUUGAGCUCGUGCAAUUUCUUGAAUACGAUUCGGUGUCAUUGGAAAGUUAUGGAUCAAAUAUUUUGUGCUGGUUAUCGCAUGAUUGAGAGUAAAGAAUUUAUCAAAUGUUUUAGUUUUGACGAACCAACUUCCUUCGUGGAGACACAGGCAAAGAAAUUUUUUCUGUCGUUUAUUGAAAAAAGUGACAGUAUGACAUUGAGUAAAGUACUUGCCUUCUGUACUAGUCAUACAGUUGUUCCACUGGAUGGUAUGAAAAAUGAAAUCAGAGUGAAAUACAUGUCGGAUGAUGAAAAAAACAGUAUGUGCAAAUCCUCUGCAUGUUUAAAAAUAAUCUACCUACCUACAGUUCAUUCUGUAGAAAAGGCGUUUCACAAUAUGUUGGCAACAGCUUUAGCAUGUGAAUCAAAGGGAUUCGCAAAUCCAUGAUAAUUGUAAAUUUUUAGGGGCACUAACGAGUUUAUUUUUUUCCUUCAAGGUGAUCGAUUUUUAGCUUAUGUUGUCAUUGUUCUUAUUAUGUUGUCAUUGAGAAAAAAUGCCGAUUUUUUUUCUUUUUCUUCCAAAAUAUGCCUCACUUCUAUAAAACUGAUUUUUUUUCUGGUGGGGGGGAAUAUAAAAAUCCUGUCAGUCCUAUGCAAGAAUUCUUCCAGUGAUAUACAUACUUUUAAUGAUCAGAUUGAUUAUGAUUAGUCUCGAAUUUAUGACUGACUUGUACGCUCCUUGAAGUCUAUAUAUACUGCACAUGCAUUUAUAAGUUCGUCUUUUUGUUGUUCUAUUUUGUUUGUUUUCUAACUUUUAUAUGGAAAAGAUGUAUGGUUAUAGUCGUGAUCAAGUUACGCAUUGCAUUAUCAUUCAGCUGUGCUAACCAAGAAGAUAUUUUUCUUUUCUUUUUAUUUCACAAGGGUUAUGUUUGUUAUUUUGUUCUUUAUGUGAAAAAAUGUUCUACUUAUAUACGGUCGACUCACUCAGAGAAAGUUAUUUAAAAACAGAACUGUUAUCGUUAAGUAACUUUUAAACAUAUUUCGAACAUUUUGGAGGGAAUUUCGUCUGGCAUUUUUAGGAUUUAUUGUAUGAUUAAACAAACAAGUGGUUUUGUUGACAUUUCGUGUACUUAUGCAGUACUUUUAUUUUUCAGAAUAUAACAUGAAUAUACAACAAUUGA